UUGAUGUAAAUUUCCCAAUUUAGUUUGUUCAAAUUCCAGUGACUAAGAAGAGAGAUGAUCACCCUUUUGAAGAACUGGCCGUGCCUGCUGAAACGCUUCUCGAUCCAGCAGAUCCACCAGUUCACCCACCUGUCCGGCCGCUUCGAGCGUCCGCCUCCAUCCGGUAAAGCCUCGCGGGAUCCCUACCUCGUCACGGUGGUGCAGGGAAGGUCGAAGAAGCCGCGAUUUCCGGGAGAGCGGUCCAAUCAGCGUUUCGGCGAGGACAGCUGGUUCGUCAGCUCCACGCCCCUGGCCGAGGUGAUGGGCGUGGCCGACGGCGUGGGCGGCUGGCGGGACUUGGGCGUGGAUGCGGGUCGUUUCGCCAAGGAGCUGAUGAGCUGCUGUUCCGGGCAGACGCAGCUAUCGGACUUCGAUGGACGCAGUCCCCGGAACUUGCUCAUCGCCGGCUUCCAGGAGCUGACCCACCGGGAGCAACCUGUGGUGGGAAGCAGCACUGCCUGCCUGGCGACGAUGCAUCGGAAGGACUGCACCCUGUACACCGCCAAUCUGGGGGACAGCGGCUUCUUGGUGGUGCGAAAUGGACGGGUGCUGCACCGCUCGGUGGAGCAAACCCACGACUUCAACACGCCCUAUCAGCUGACAGUGCCGCCGGAGGAUCGGAAGGAGAGCUACUACUGCGACAAGCCGGAAAUGGCCGUGUCCACGAGGCACUCCCUACUACCCGGCGACCUGGUGCUCCUGGCCACCGAUGGCUUGUUCGACAACAUGCCCGAGAGCAUGUUGCUCAGUAUAUUGAAUGGCCUAAAGGAGCGUGGAGAGCGCGAUCUCCUGGAGGGCGCCAGCCGGGUGGUGGAGAAGGCCAGGGAACUGUCCUUGAAUGCCAGUUUCCAAUCGCCCUUCGCCAUCAAGGCCAGGCAGCACAAUGUUUCCUACUCCGGCGGCGGGAAACCCGAUGACAUCACCCUAAUCCUGUCCAGCGUCGAGGUGCCAAGUGCCUAGUCAAGUCGGGUGUCUGCAGCAAAUAUUAGUCCGUGUCCAUCAGCAGUCGGCGAUAAAAAGCCAAAUAUACUUUGUUUAUACAGAUAAA